ACCUAUCCCUUAACUAGACAUGAUUCUACUAGUGUAGCUAUAGGCUUUGAGAAACUUUUUAACUCUCAAAAAUGUCUACUUACUUGGCAUAAAAAAUAUCUUAUGGUGGAUGGAGGUGUUGAAUUUUGG